GGGCAUCGCCGCUCCCGGUCCAGCGGCCCGCAUCCGGCGGACGCCGGAAACGCUUCUCCGCCCCUGCCACUGGGCCAUGGAGACUGUAGCCCAGUAGAGUGCCCUGAGAGGAAAAGCCGGGGGGCGGCGGCGGCCAUGGAGGCCGUGCUGAACGACCUGGUGUCUGUAGAGGAUCUGAUGAAAUUUGAGAGGAAGUUUAAGUCGGAGCAGGCGGCCGGCUCGGUGUCCAAGAGCACGCAGUUUGAGUACGCCUGGUGCCUAGUGCGGAGCAAGUACAAUGAUGACAUCCACAAAGGCAUCACCCUGCUGGAGGAGCUGCUGCUGAAAGGCAGCAAGGAGGAACAGCGGGAUUAUGUCUUCUACCUGGCCGUGGGCAACUACCGGCUCAAGGAAUAUGAGAAGGCCCUGAAGUACGUGCGGGGGCUGCUGCAGACUGAGCCCCAGAACAACCAGGCCAAGGAACUGGAGCGGCUCAUCGACAAGGCCAUGAAGAAGGAUGGACUGGUGGGCAUGGCUAUCGUUGGGGGCAUGGCCCUGGGUGUGGCAGGACUGGCUGGACUCAUCGGGCUUGCCGUGUCCAAGGCCAAAUCCUGAAGACGACAGCAUCACCCCCUCCGCCCCGGGGGACUCACCAGAGCCCUGGACGACAUGGACAACGUGCAGAGAGAGGGCCUCAGCCCUGCUGCCCCUAGCCUGUCCUCCCAUUCCCCACACACCCUGUCACCCUUCCCUGUGGCCUUCAGCCUCUGCCACCCCUGGGGAGACCUGUCCUUUAGCCCUGAAUCAUGUGCUCUGGGAUGAGUGUAAAUAAAUGCGCGCCAUGGCUUGGGA